AAGUUUGUUUAAUAUGUGCUCAAAUCGGACUAACCCUGGUUUUGGACAAUGUAUGUAACACGUUAUUUAUUUGUUUAUGUAUUUACGAAAGUGCUUACAUCACAUUUUUCCCACGUUUCCACUCAUCUAACGACCAAAGAAACUGAGAAUUUGUGAGCCACCUAGCACUAAAAACUCUAAUAUUUUAAUGCUAUUCAGACUAAUUAUGUUAACAUAUGAUUUUUACGAUCAACAUUUGAUUUCUGCAUCAAAAUUUACUGGUAAUAUGAUAAAGUUAUUUUUCGCAAAGAGUAUACUUCUUAUAUGGAAAACGAAGUAAAUGUUGUAUUAAGCAGUUUUUAUUCUGAAUUUUUGAGUUACUACAAUUUUCAUGUCAAGUCGUCAUUUCAAAAUGGGCAACCAAUGCCUUGAUUGCAAUCUAGUAACUUUUUCCAACUUGAUUAUCAAAAUGUAUGAAAACUCACCUGAAAUAAAAAAAUAAAUUAUGAAAAUUAUCAGAAUCACAUUUCAUGUAAACUAAAAUUAUCAUCUUGGAUGAUAAUUUCGAAUAAUAAUACAAAAGAAACAAAUAAUAAAAAUUCAACGUCGACUCAUCCAAACACAACAUUCUGAGCACUUCCAAAACUUGAUUGAAAUCACAAUCAUACGAUAAAUAGUUUUUAUGUGUGUAUAUAUAUAAUGGAAUUUUAUUCUACAAGCACCAACCAGCACCAGUGUGAGCGUGAUCAUUAACCAGUACCAGGGUGCCGAGACUUUUUACUUUCUCUAGGAUACUUUAACUUUCGCGCGCGGCACUUUAAGUUUUUUCUCACAAUCGUGUUGGCAUCGCCACUAUAAAUAGAUCAUGCCAGGAGAGCCGAGGGGAUUGUUACCGAAGGUUAUGGCAGCAGCAAUCAGUCGGCCGCGGGAGCAACAACCGAUCGAGGAGGACCCUGGCUGCAAGCCACUGAGGAAUCUUCGCAGCGUGGUUGAUCCGGAUCUUUUGCUGCUGGACCACUUCAUGGAGCUGAGGAGGCGGUUGCGGGAGGUGGAUAAUCAGGUUGCGGAAUUGCGGCACGAGGUGAUGAAGUUGCAACGAGCCGCAGACAAGCGAUGGGUCGGGGAUAUGGAGCAUCUGUUGGCGGAGAGGCAGCGGUACGAGGAACAGCUGUUUGUCAAGGAGCGGGAGCAGGUGGAGCUGGAGACGCGAGGGGAGAUGUUUGUUCAAGCGAUGAGGGCGCUUGGAAUGUUGCAAGACGGGGAGGAAGAGCUGAAAACGAUCGGUUCCGUGACGGGGAGGGGGAGGGCGACUUUCCAACAGCCUGUGAAAUCAUCUAUGGUACACCCAAAUGCUGGGUCAAAGAAGACGGCUCCUGUGAAGCAUGUUCGCUUUAGUCUUCACAAUCAAUAGCGUUCCAGCCGAGCCGCUCUCUCUGCAGCGGAAGCGUGGAUACUUGUACUCGUAGGCAGAUUACUUUUAGGUGACUUCACUCAGUUUUUGUUCUCUACAAGCGCUUACGACCAGGACGGUAUGCUUCACUGUGGGCCCGCUAGAGUUUACGAGCUUUACCGAUGAUUUGUAGAUUAUCCUCGCCCUAUUUUGUUCAUAAUUCAUUGGAUUCAGUAUCAAGUGUAACAUUUGCUUAUUUCGAAAGAGUA